CGCAGUUCGACGUGGAAAAUUGCGGGCUGCCCUGUCAGCGGACCAACGGAUGCCACGCAAAGAAGCCACGCGACCGAGAAAAACCAGAGAAAGUGUUCAGUAAAAAAUAGAAAAAAAUAAAUAAGAGAAAAUAAAAGAAAAUCCAUAUAUAUUUCCCGCGAAAAGUUAGCCAAUAAAUUGUGUGAAAAAUCUGCUAUUAAUCAGUGGAAAUUGCACAUUCGAAACGCGAGUCGAAACGCAAACUUCAAAUUAAACUGUGAAUUAUAUUACCAUUAAGUUCAUCCAUUUUCGGUGCUAGCCAACAAUGCGCAACUAGGCGUAUACGUGAUAAAAUUUAACCAAAGCCAAUACAUUAAGGCAGCCAAUACAAUAGCAUUGUUGCGUCAGACAAAAUGAACACAACAGUAAUGACAUUGAAAUGGCGUCAGAAAUACAAAAGCAGAAAAAGGCCAAAGAAACUGAAACAACGAAUAAUUGCAACAAACACUGCCCCAGCAAAAGCAAGAACAACAAAAACACCAACACAUAAAACAACAAAAGCAACCAGCAGACUGAGAGAAACGAGGUGCAAACUGAGGCGGCCUAGAAAAUGGCUGCCAAAUGAACGACACAGAAAUGUGGCUAAAAUGCAGCAAGUGACGACAAAUCCAACACAAUGUCGUGCAAUUAAAGCAACAGGAACAGCAGCAACAUCCACAAUGACUUCCAGCUGCAGCGGCCAUUGUCAGUCCCAACAGCAGCAGCAGCAGCAGCAACAGCAGUUGCAGCAACCGAAACAGCAGCAACAUCAACAGCGGCGACAUCCACUUCCGGCGACGCUGACGUUGCUCCUCUGCCUGGGAAUCAGUUUGGGCAUGGCUGCCACAGCAGCUGCAGCCGGAGGAGGCGGAGGCGGAGGAGGAGGUGCACCCGGUUCCGGAUCCGGAGCAGCUGGCUCCCCAUCCAGUUACGGCUCCAGCUCCUCGAGCUCCUUGGGUCCCGGCAAACCGGCCAAUUUACAACUGGCACCCGGAUCUGGAUCCUCCUCCUCGACGGGCUGCUCCCUGGCCGAGUUCAGCUGCUCCAACGGAAGAUGCGUGCCGCUGAGCAAGUACUGCAACAAUCUGAACGACUGCGGCGACGGCAGCGAUGAGCCGCGAUUUUGUACACGCUGUAAUCGCACCUACUACGGGGACAUUGGACAGACCUACGCCCUGGAGUUGCACCGCCCCAAACAGGAUCGCGUGCCCUUUGUGUGUGUGCUCACCUUCACGGCGGCAGGUGGCCAGCAUGGCGAUGUGGUGCAGGUCACCCUGGACAGCUUCACGAUUGGCAGGUUCACCUCGUACGUGCAUGAGGGCUGUCCGGAUGGAUAUGUGCAGAUAGCGGAGUCCGCGCGAACGCCCAUCGGUGGCAUGUGGUGCGGCAGCUCCUGGGGACCGGUGCUCUUCUACAGCGAAACGCGCUCCCUGAUAUUCACCAUCCGGCUGAACAGACUGGCGAGGGAUCAGAGUGGCUACAACUUCGACUUUCGCAUCAGAUACAAGGUUUUGUCCAGGGACAGUUCGGUGACCCGCUACGGGGGCAUUAAGCUGGCAGAGCUAGCCCAGUGGCACAACCGCAGCAGCUUCCUCAAUCAGCAGCAGCAGCAACAGCAACAGCAGCAACAACAAGGCGGCGGUGUCCUGGAGGACUUCACAAACUCCAGCGGAGCCCGUUCGGACCGUUAUGGCCAGGACUUUAGCCUGUUCAGCGCUUAUGCCAACAACAAGACCUUUAUGGCCUCGCUGGAAAAGUCACUGGCCAAGGACGAGCAAAACUACACGGAGCCCAAGUAUUAUCUGGGUGACCUUAUACCCGGAACGUAUUGCUCCAGGAUCUUCAGCGACUGCGACAAGAAGCCCUGUCGCCUGCAGUCGCCCAACUUCCCCGGGAUCUAUCCGCGCAACCUCACCUGCUACUACGCAGUGCGACAGCACGACGUGCCCCAUGGCAAGCACGCCCUGAUUCUAGUCAAGCAGCCCAAGGGCAAUCUGGUCUGGAUUUCCACCCAGGAAACGGCAGCGGCGAACAAAAUGGCACCGCCGCCCAGUGCCAGCGACAAGGACAAGAAGUUCGAGCCGAGGCUGAAAACAUGGAAUGACUGCGAUUACAUUCAGGAAAAUGUAAAGCCCAAAUGGAAAUCCACGGACUACGUGACCGUAUACGAUGGCUACACCACACGUGACCCCAUCAUAUUGAAGUUCUGCGGCGGAGGUCAGGCGGUGCCGGCGGCCGUUUCCAGCGGCCCGGAGCUUUUGGUCGAGUUCAGCACGUCGCCGUUUGGCACCUUCACCGGCACCUCGUCGCAGGUCCUGCCGCUCUACGGAUUCCAGCUGGAGGUCGAAGUGCAGUUCGUGGACAUCCAGAGUCCCACGUACUCGAAGAACAAGAAGCCCUGCGAGUUCUGGAUUCGCGGCGCAGGUCGCGGCCUCCUCGAGAGUCCCAGGCACUCGCUGGCUCCGAACUCGACGUGCCUGUACCACCUGCAGGGAUUGGGUGUCUUCAAGACCUUUGACCACCUGAGUUUGUCGCGCCGCACGAGCAGCCAGUCGGGGAUGCAUCAGCCCCUCUCGCGCUUCAAGGUGUGGAUCUCCGUGUUGAAGUUUAAUUUGGAUCCGGAGUUUGGCCAGAUGGACGAGACUUCGGUGGGUGCGAUUGGAGUGCUGCAGACGCAGGAGGAUUGCAGUGGAAUGCUGCGCAUCUGGGAUGGAACGCUGAGGGAUGCGCCCGUUUGCAAGGAUUUGAAUUGUGCCAGCGAGACGAGCAGCUAUAAUACUUUGGGCCACUAUGCUCAGAACUCCACCAAUGUGAUUGCCAGAUUCUGCAGGGGCACUAUACCAAGAACCUGCGAUCGUUCCAAUAUCAACGAGACCUACGCCAGACCCUGUACGAUCUCCGAAAGCUAUGUCUCCAGCAGCGAUGCCAUCACUCUUGAGCUGCGCAACACGGAAUCCACAGUUUUGAGACCCCUGGACUUCAAGCUGAAGUACGAAUUCAUAGACCUGCAUCAGGAUGGUUUGCCCUGGGGUGGCGGGGAACACGAUUGCAACAGGAAGUUCCUAAGCAGCAUGAUGGAUCGCAAGGAUCCAGCUAUAUUCCGUAGUGUGCGGAAUAUCUUUCUAUUCGGAAGGGGAGGCACCAGGAACCUGAAGUGCAUCUACAAAUUCGAGGCACAGCGAGGCGAGAGGGUCAGGAUCAAGAUGAGAAAAGUGACGACCACGAAUAGGGCUUGCUAUUCGCGAGUGGAUGAGGAUAUCAAUCGAUCCUUUUGCUAUGGGGAUACCAAUGUUAGAAUUGAGAUCUUUGAGCGACCCUAUCACGAUUCUAUUCUCCUCCAUCGCGGCUGCAUGUGCAACUCGUCCAACCAAUCCCACCUUCCAGUGGAGUACACUUCCACCAGUCGCGAUGUGGAGGUGCACUUCAUUGCCCACAAUAUGACCACCUUGGAUGAUCCGGACACGGUUAAUUUCGAGGGCAUGUUUGAGUUCGUAAAGGCGCCAACUAGUUGCAAAGAUGGUCGCAGGAAAUUCGGACCCAGUGGCACUAUAGACAUGACCUUUGGCGAUGUCGAGUGCCGCUCAAGACCCUGGCUGAUUGAGCCUUCGAAUGGCAACAAGUUCUUGUACGUCCGGCUGAAGGCUAUAUUCCUAAGCAAACACAAUCCCACGAAGACCUUGAACACGACCUAUGUUCAAACCGAUACUUGGAGGUGUGAGACCAAGUCACGGGCUGUGCUGACCACUUCAGAGGGUCUGACCAUUGUGGCCUGUCCUCUGAGUCCCGACUCGAGUGCCUUCGAAUUUGUGGAGAUCUUCAGUUCCGGCUGGAAUGAAAGGCCCAAUUUUGCGCUAGUCAAUCGAUCCCGAGCCAUCAGCGUGGAGUUCCUGCGUCCCGGCAAUGGCGAGUACUCAUUCAACUGGAUGGAACUGAUUCCCAGGCCCACGCUUAGCAUGGCAGACGACUGCCAGUUUAAAUGCGCCGAGCUGGGGGCCUGUGUGAAUGCCAGUGUCUGGUGCGAUGGCGUAGUCCACUGCCCCUCCGGUGAUGAUGAGACCUUCCUGCAGUGCUCGGCCCUGAUGAAGCUGCCCGCCGAGAUCCUGGCCACCCUCUGCCUCAUCUUUGUGCUCUCGUGUUGUGCUUUCGCUGCCUUUGCCUACAAAAAAAUCAAACGCAAGCUGCGCGGCUCCUCGGUGCUGCAGACGCGACUCAAAUCGCUCAGCUCGAUGGACACGGCCGUUUUGGAUGAAAAGGAGGUGAUUUGCUGACAAAGCGACAAUUCUGUGCGUUACGUGGAGAUCGACCGUGUGACCACGGUCUGAUGCUCCAAGGCCAGUAACGUGCAGAAUUGUGCCCCGGAACAGAAAUCAGAACCAGAAUCGCCACCACAGAAUCAAGAAAGACAGAAACUGAAACUGAAACCACAAAUACAACUGACGCGAAUGCGAAACGCAACAAUGAAACGAUCAAAAGAAAAGGCAACUCUUUUUCGAAAUCAAAACCAAAAAAUUCAAAUCAAAA